UGGUAAUCGAAUGAUUGAUCGUAGAUCAAGCCAAUACUGAUCCAUCGAGCUCAAACACAUCUGAAUUAUCGCUACUGUUCAUUUUUUUACUUUAAGCGGGCCUUGUUCAUCUUUUUUAUCUUUAACCGUCGAGAAUUGUCUCAAUCCACCUGUUCAAAUUCACUUUAGUUAAUUCCACAAAUAAUGCGGCCAACACAAUUCGCGCUCAAGUCAACCAAAUCAGUGCUUGCCCGGGCAUGGAAGCCGCGCGCCGUCGACAGCGACAAGGUAGUGCUGACCUUCAGCAAACGGCACCCUGAGCUGUUCACUUCGCAGAUAAUCCUCUCCGAUGGAUCCUCCUUCCGGGUACGCUCAACAGCACCGCGCGAACAAGUGAAGAUCAACAAGGAUACGCGCUCACACCCCCUGUGGAACCCGCAGUCGGGCCAGCAGAUCGAGGACGAGGGCGGAUACUUGUCAUCGUUCCAGAAGAAGUUCCAGGGUUCGAGGGAUCCUCCAACUUUACCUUUGCUGACGAUGCUGAGAAGGCCAAGGAGCAGAUGGGUACCAACGCCAUGAUGAUGAAGAAGAGAGCCGCGUCGACAAAGAAGUAAUAGGAAUGAAUAUAAUUGUGUUUUUGGACCUUUGUUUAUUAAUUGAUACAUGGCAUUAAAGUAGCACAUUGAACCGAAUAAAUACACUAUU